AUGCAGGAGCCAGGCAGUGACUCCGAGGCGUCGGAGGGAAUUGAUGUGCUGGAUGAGUUCAAGGCGCGCCUGCAGGCCCCGCUAGAACGCGCAAAAGGUUCUACAGAUGUGCCGAAGCAGACAGAGAGCGAUGACCAGUCAUUCGAGUCGCUUGGUGUAUGCCCUGAGAUAUGCAAGGCCUGCCAAUCUGUGGGAUGGAAGGUGCCAACGCCUAUACAGGUCGCUGCAAUCCCUCACGCAUUAACGGGGCGUGACAUUAUUGGCCUCGCGGUAACGGGGUCGGGUAAGACCGGCGCCUUCACGAUACCCGUCCUCCAUCACCUGCUCAACGAUGUCCAAAGGCUCUACUGCGUCGUGCUCGCACCUAGCAGGGAGCUUUGCGAACAAAUAGCAGAGCAGUUUCGCGCACUGGGCGCCGCCAUCGCACUGGAAGUGUGCGUGAUAAUCGGAGGCAUGGACAUGGUGCCGCAAGCAAUCGCACUCGCAAAAAAACCGCACGUCAUUGUUGCCUCUCCAGGGAGGCUCGCUGACCAUGUUGAAAACACCAAGGGAUUCUCACUCGCCACUGUCAAGAAACUUAUAAUAGACGAAGCUGACAGGCUCUUAUCGCAGGACUUCGAUAACGAACUCGACAAAAUCAUACAUGCCAUGCCGGGAGAUCGGCAAACGUUUCUCUUCUCGGCUACGAUGACCAAGAAGCUGAGCAAGCUACAGAAGAUGGCGCUGAAGGACCCAGUGUCGGUACAAGUGGACGACAAAUACACCACGUCCCAACAACUGGAUCAGCGAUUCCUGCUAGUGGCGCAGAAGCACAAGUGGACAUACCUGGCGGCUCUCCUCUGGCAUUACGCCAAUCGCACCGUGUUGGUCUUUUGCAAGACCUGCGACGGUGCACAGCGGUGUGCCGCUUACCUGAAGGCUCUCAAGUUUAGCAGCGUUUGCCUGCAUGGCAAGUUGUCACAAGUGGAGCGCUCAAAAGCUCUGAAUAUCUUCAAAACAGGCUCCGCCACAGUGCUUGUAGCCACUGAGGUUGGGGGUCGCGGUCUGGACCUACCCAUGGUGCAACUGGUCCUGAAUUUCGACAUCCCUGAGAGCUCCAAGGACUACAUACACAGAGUAGGGCGCACAGCCCGGGCAGGGAGGUACGACGUGGAGCUUUUCCAACGCAUCGAACUCGCGCUGAACAAAAAACUGGAGGAAUUCACACAUUUACAGGAACUCAGCGAACACGACGCACUCGCGAAGCACAGCCUCUGUGCAGAGGCGCUACGCAAGGUCGUCUCGGAAAAACUCAAGCAUAAGGGACAACGGCAAGGCGGGAAAAGACCGGACAAAUUCCAAAACAAAUACGAGGCGGCAAAACGCAAGAGAUUGUGA